AGCAACAUUAAACUCGUGUUGAAGAUGAGAAGAAACAAAGAGGCUACACUUCAGCUUUUAUAAACUCUAGAGAGAUUAUUUAGCGAACACGACACAACUCCUGCCUUUAUUCAUUAUAUCCUGGCUCUUGACUGUCAAUUCCUCUGUGAAAGCGAUCAGGAAUAGCGGACUUUUAACGUGUUCAUAUGUAAACAGGCCUGAUGGAGGAGACACACCGUCACGUCAAAGCGAGAGAAAAAACUCGCUCACUGAAAAGAAAAGACAAAAACUGUUUCACCUGCACUCAGUGUGGAAAGAGUCUAUCAAACAAAAAGAGUCUCCGACGUCACAUGAUGAUCCACACUGGAGAGAAACCAUUCACAUGUUCUCAGUGUGGGACCAGUUUCAGACACUCAUCAAACCUUAAUUAUCACAUGAUGAUCCACACUGGAGAGAAAACACACAAAUGUGAUCAAUGCAGCAAAACAUUUUUGAUGGCUUCAGGGCUGAGGAGCCACCUUCAGAUUCAUGGAAAGGAGAAGCCUUAUUCGUGCUCUGUGUGUGGAAAGGGUUUCAGACAUCAAGAUGGUUUAAGAAAUCAUCAGAAGAUCCACACCGGUGUGAAAGAGUACAUGUGCUUUGAGUGUGAGAAGACCUUUCGUACGGCUGAAAAAUUGAAAAUCCAUGAGAGAAUUCACACUGGAGAGAAACCUUACAUUUGUUCACUGUGCAAUAAGAGAUUCAGUCGGCUAGAACAGAUGAAAAUACAUGCGAGGAUUCACACUGGAGAGAAACCGUACAAGUGCUCACACUGCAACAAGAGGUUCGGUUAUUCAGGAAUCCUGAAAAAACACGAGAGGAUUCACACUGGCGAGAAACCGUACAAGUGUUCACACUGUGACAAGAGAUUCAGUGAUUCAGGACAUCUGAAAACACAUGAGAGGAUUCACACUGGAGAGAAACCGUACAAGUGUUCACACUGCGACAAGAGAUUCGGUUAUUCAGGAAUCUUGAUAAAACAUGAGAGGAUUCACACUGGAGAGAAACCGUACACGUGUUCCCACUGCGACAAGAGAUUCAGACAGUUAGGAGGCCUGAAAACACAUGAGAGGAUUCACACUGGAGAGAAACCGUACAUUUGUUUACACUGCGACAAGCCAUUCAGACAGUUAGGACAGCUGAAAAAACAUGAGAGGAUUCACACCAGAGAGAAACCAAGUGUGGCACACAUGUUUCCUGACUCUGCUGUAGCUCGAAAGUACUCCCCGGGAAAACCAAACACCACACAGCUUAUCAAAGGUGCCAUAGCUGUGGACCUUGAUGAAAAAGUAGUAAUGAUGUGCAAAUCUCAGCCUUUUUCAUUGUUGCGCAACGAGUCAAACUACAGAAAAACCAACAAAGAGUUUGUCAGAGGAAUGAGAAAUGCCAAAGUUCGUGAACUGAUAAGCCAUCUUAGUGAUCCAGUUAUAAAGAUGUACUUCAUGUCCCUGAGUGUUGCCUUUAAGCCUUUGUCUGAAUUUCCGAUUGCAUUUCAGUCAGAGGGAGUGCAGAUUCACAGGCUUGAAGAGAUGUCCAGGCUGAUCAGGCGCUUGAUGGAGGAGACCCAGAAUCAUGUCAAAACAAGGGAAACUCACUCACCGAAGAGAAAAGACAGAAAAUGUGCCACCUGCACUCAGUGUGGAAAGAGGCUGGCGCACAAAGACAGUCUCAAGAAUCACAUGAGAAUCCACACCGGAGAGAAACCAUUCACAUGUACUCAGUGUGGGAAGAGUCUGGCAAACAAACAGAGUUUCAGGAGUCACAUGAGGAUCCACACUGGGGAAAAGCCAUUCACAUGUUCUCAGUGUGGGACGAGUUUCAGACAACUAGGAAACCUUAGUAGACACAUGAUAAUCCACACUGGAGAGAAAACACACCAAUGUGAUCAGUGUGGGAAAACAUUUCUGUUGGCUUCAGCGCUGAAGGUUCAUCUUAGAGUUCAUACAAAGGAGAGGCCUUAUUCAUGCUCUGUGUGUGGAAAGAGUUUCUCACAUCAAGAUAGUUUAAGAAGACAUGAGAAGAUCCACACCGGUGUGAGGGAGUACAUGUGCUUUGAGUGUGAGAAGACCUUUUGUACGGCUGAAGAAUUGAAAUCACAUGAGAGGAUUCACACUGGAGAGAAACCUUACAUGUGUUCGCUGUGCAAUAAGAGAUUCAGUCUGUCAGGACAUCUGACAACACACCAAAGGAUUCACACUGGAGAAAAACCCUACAAGUGUUCACUCUGCAACAAGAAGUUCAGUCUGUCAGCACAUCUGAAAAUACACCAGAGGAUUCACACUGGAGAGAAACCGUACAAGUGUUUACUCUGCGACAAGGGAUUCCAUUUUUCAGGACAACUAAAAAACCACGAGAGGAUUCACACUGGAGAGAAACCUUACAAGUGUUCACUCUGCAACAAGAAGUUCAGUCUUGCAGCACACCUGAAAAUACACCAGAGGAUUCACACAGGAGAGAAACCCUACAAGUGUUCACACUGCGACAAGAGAUUCAGUCAGUUAGGACAUCUAAACAUACACCAGAGGACUCACACUGGAGAGAAACCUUUCACAUGUUCACACUGCGACAAGAGAUUCAGUCAGUUAGCACAUCUGAAACUACAUGAGAGGAUUCACACUGGAGAGAAACCUUUCGCAUGAGAUCAGUUGUUGCAUCUUGAGGAACACAUGAAAAUCCACAUGGUAAAGAAACGCCUACACAGCUUGAACUAAAGUAUGUGAAAAAUACUGUGUAACCAGACCUGUCAGUGACAUGAGAAUAUAUACCAGACAAGUAUACUACUGAUUGGUCGUUCUUGAACAAUUUGUUAAUUUGAACAGAUCUUUUAUAUUACUGGAGAACGAUGAGUCCUCUCGAGGAGUGAUUCGUCCAUUGUGCAGAUGAAGGAGAAGAUUAGUUCAUUUUUCAGGUCUUCUAUCAUGAAAGACAGAAGCCAAUCAUAUGCAGUCAGAGCCCGAAAAAGAUUUGAUCCAGUCAUCUUUCAAGUCUCAGUUUGCCAAUUUAAUGGAGUUUAAUACGCAUCACAGCAGCUUAUAUCCACAAUAAACGCAUCAGUUUGAGGUAAAAAUAUAUCAUAUAUUUGAUCAAAGUACUUUAAUAUUUCAGAAUGGUGUCUCUCAAAUGUCCGGUUCUCCCCAAAGCAAAAGUUCAAGUUCAUUUAUUUAUAAAGCACAUUUAAAAACAGUCACAAGACUGACCAAAGUGCUGUACGUAAGACAAAGUAAAAUAAAGAGACAAAUGAUAAACGCAUAAAAAUAAGCCAAGAGAAACGACUGAAUAAAUUUAAAGAUGAAGCCGUAGAAAACACUAAUAAAAUAAUAUUAAAAGGCCAAGCUGAAUGGGCAGUGUUGACAAAUUAGUGACAUUCUCGCUAUAUUUAGCGACUUUUCAGACCCCCUUAGCAACAAAUAAAAAAAAGGGACAGGCAACAAAUCUAGCGACUUUAUCGGGUGUUACUGGAGAUUUUUAAAGACUCUCAUUUGGGUUGGGUGAUGUUGACCAUUUUAGCAUUGUACCAUGUCUAAUGUGAAACAUCUAAACAUUUAACCUACACAUAAGCCUAAUAUUAUUAUUGGGUAACACUUGAGUUUAGGUCACAAUUCAUGCUAUUAACUACUGACUUAUAACCUGCCUAAUAUUAAGAUAUUAACUGUUUAUUAGUAGUUAUAAAGUAUGAUUUUUAUCCUGCAUCUCUGAUCCUACCCAAAACCUAAACCCAGCUUUUACCUUAUUAACUGCACCGUAAUACCCAACAGCCAACUUGAUCAAAUGAAAUGAGUGUAGUUAACUCAAAAUUGACUGAAAGUUAAUUCUACUCACUAGAUAAGAGUUUUGAACUCCAGUGUUGAAGGUAAUGAGUUAAUUAAACACCUCAAUACUUUGACUUAAAUGGAGUAAGUUCACAGUACUUGUAUAGAUUAGUUUUUAACUUAAAUGGUUUGUAGCAAUCGGUUUCCUCAAACGGUUUGAGUUGCCUUAACUUGUUGGGUUUGACAGUACUCAGUUGGUUUGAGUUUUCUUCAUUUAUCAGGUUUUACUGUGCUCAAAUUGCUUUGUUUACUCAAAUGGAUGAAGUUCACAGUACUCAUUAGGAUUAGAUUUUGAACUUAAAGGGUUUGUUGCAAUCGAUUUCCUCAAAUGGUUUGAGUUACCUUAACUUUUUGGGUUUUACAGUGCAUUAAUAAGCAGCUAAUUAGUAGUUUAUCAAGCUAGUAGUGUUAGUUAAUGGUUUGUUAAUACUAUGAAUUGUGACCUAAACUAAAAGGUUACCUUAUUAUUGUUGUUUUACCAUAUGUUUGAGAACAACAAUAAUAAUAGGCUGCUUAUAUUAACCUUUAUUU